AUUGACGACCCUGACCCGAAAAUGUGGGUGUGGCACACUGAUAGAACAAUAAUGGCAACUCAGAGUAUCUCCUCUUCUCCUGCUCGCCAGGCGAUAUUCGCUCAAGAAAAACUUGAAAGAAUAUAUCUACAAACUUAUGGAUACCUUAGACCGUACAAAGGUGCUAUAGAGCUAGCUCAAGAAGUCCUUGUGUGGAAGAAACCGAUUGCGUCAGCUCUGCUCUACAUUGUCGUACAUUGGAUGUUUGUCCUUUAUGUCAAGUCAUCUUCUACUCUGAUUACUGCUACUGGCAACUUUAUCUUCUGGGGGUUGCUAGGCGACGUGCUAUGGAGGGCCGCAUCUAAGGAUGGAUUCCACAGCGGUAACGAUGGCAACACUGCCGAGAGGCAAGGGGGGCGUCAGGAAAGUGUGGGUGUGGCUCCAGGACUAGAGAGUGCACUGAUGCAGAGCCUUAAACCAAGAGGACCUGGAGAGUUUCCACCCUUUGAGGUGAUAUGUGUGUGGGUGGCGGAGGCUGUCAUGUGGGUGGACAACAUCUGGCUGGCCCUACGUCACUGGAGUCUUCACGAGCCUAUCUUUUUCACCAUUGCCCUGGCCCUGCCUGGUCUGUUUCUCUCCCUGCUGGGCAAGUAUAUCCCAACCACUGUCUUCCUCUAUACACAAGUGAUGGUCCUGCUAGUGUCCCCGUACGUGGAGCACCACUGUCUACGAGAGAGGACCAUCACCUAUCUCUCUAAACAGUACCCCUGGGUGCUCAGGAAGGCUACCUCAAUGUGGAUCUUCAUCAAGACCAUCACUGUGAAUCGCGACAGAUCUGACGAUCCAGAGCUCUCCCUAGCGCAGGGGGUGAGUGACCUUCGAACCCAAUUCUCACUCCAUGAAGCAUUUGAACAAGUAACUGCCACACCUCCAGAGCAGUCCAACGACUUAGAGCUACCACCGGCCAAUCAGAUGACGACUGGGAUAGGGGGUGGACUACAUGAUGUGGGUGGAGCUAGUCGGCAAGUACCCAAUCAGAGGAGAGCUGCACAACAGCAAAGAACUGCUAGCACUGACUCGCUGACACUGGACUCGUUUGUGGGUGGUUCUGAGAUGGAGUUCCCCUCCCUCACAGACCUAGACUCCUCUCUGGCCCUCGGGCAGUUCCCCUCAGGGGACUACAGUAUCAUGCCAACCAUCUCAGAGCAGGAAGAGCCAACAAGGACGAGCAGACAAGACACAAGCGAUCUCGAUCCAUUUCUCGAUUCAAUGCAAUUUGGUGAUUUCCACGAUGGUCGCUCUUCAAAUCCUAGUAGCACCCCAUCUUCCCACCCACUCGCACAAUCACACAGAGCUCCUUCAAGCAACCCCCAGCCAAGUGCACCCCCCCUGACUUCUGGAUUCAAUAGCCUCGGCUUUUCAAUGUAUACAUCAAUGUCUGGACAAACCGGUCAAACCGGUCAAACUGGCCAUAAUUUCAUUCCCCCACCCACUUAUCAGCAAGUGGAGGCCGGGUCACCUGACGCGGGAGUGACAGUUGAUUGGACGCCUGGUAGAGAUGACAGCCUAGCUCACAGACGAAGCAGUACUCCUAACGUGCAAGAAGAUGGUGAAUCAUUUGGGAUAAAGAAAAGAUCGCAGUCUGGUGUCUACUAAGUGAAGAGAUAAAUACACUGUAUAAUUAUGCUGCAUGCAUGUACUUCUAUAAUUAUAGUUCACUUGUAUUAAAUGUAUAAUUAUUACGUUUGCUGUGAUUAUGUGUAAACAAGUUAAUAUACACUAUAAUUAUUUGAAAAUUAA